AAAUGCCAUGGUAAAGGCAAGGUGUACUGGAGAGAAACUAGUAAUGGGUUUUCGAACAUUUUUGAGGGCAAAGAAGAGUAUUGUGAACAAGAGCUUGCUCCAUCUUCUCCAGAAAUCAGAUGCUCGUUUCAUUCGUUCGGAAGCCUGGCCAGCAACAAUAGAGACGGGAACCCACGAGUUUGGCUUCGAAUUCAUCUUGCCUGUUGAGGCGCCCUCAUCUUUCGAGAGCCCUCACAGCUACGUUAGGUACAAAGUCAAAGCCCUCGCCAAGCUGCCCUCGGCAUCUGACAAGAAAGCUGAAACUUAUUUCUCCUUCUGCCAGCCUUAUGACCUUAACCGGGACCGUGCUGCCAAGGAGUAUUUCAAUCUGCGUAAGGAGCUGAGUUGGGGCAUAAGGCCCCUGAAGCACGGGCCUGUCACGCUGGAUCUGCAGAGCGCCAGCAAA